GGUUCUCGUGGUAGCACUUCGACUGGACAUGUUGGCAGUAUUUCUCAUUCAGGGCAUUUGCAUUCUAGUCACCAGCAUCAGGCACAAACUCAGAGUCACCACACACUUUCCGGUGCUCCCUCGCGCUCGAAUCUUACCUCGAGAGGCGCUGAUAUCCCAUUAGGCUCGUCUUGUCAUCGUAGUAGAAUGGAAUCUUCCGGAGCCUCUGGUCCAGGUAAUGUUCAAUCCUGUGGUCCAGUUGUCAGCGUCUCUGCUGGGUCGGUUGUUUCAACAUCAGGUGGUAAUGACGCUAUUGGUGUAAAUGGAACUCGAACUCGUAGCUCCCAGCGCCAUUUGAGGAAUCACAAUCAGCACCAACUUCACCCUGGUCCCAUGCCGCUCCAGCCUACAGGCAGACGACAUCAUCCUUCCAUCGAUUCAUUCAAUUCUACACGCACAACGAAUGGCUCUUCCCAACACCUUUCAUCUGGGUCACGCAAUGUUUCUCUCAAUCUCUCUCACGAUAUAUCUAGAGCCAUGGGGACAGCCUCAUUGCCUCGUUUGCGCACUUCGCUUUGCAGUAGCGGUCUGCGCAGUUCAGUUGAUAAUAAUCGGAGAUCACAGAAAAGAACUAUCGGACGUCUAGAAUUGCAUGAUGUCCGACUCGAUGGCAAUGAAGAGGAGGAAGGAGAGUGGGAUGGUGAUGAUGAAGAGGAAAGUUACGGUAGCUGUGAGGAGCGUGAAGAAAUGAGUUUGAAUGAUGAUGAUGAUAAUUGUGAGGGGGAGGAGGAAUAUGAGGGUGACGAUGUUGAAGAUGAGGAAGAAGAUAAAGAUGGCGACAUUUAUGAGGAUUAUGUUGACGAAAUUGAAGCAACCCAUCCCUCCACCCUGGAAAAAUCAGUUCGACUUUUAACACCUGCAAUGAAGUUGGAAAGCGGCCUCCGUGGUGGAAAUAAUUUUCCUUGCCCUGGCUCACCACGCUUCCGUUCAUCAGCAUAUCCGGACGGUCUUAUACGAGCAACGGGUCGAGUCGCACUUUCUUCAGGUCGUACUUUCGUAUCCAUUCAAACUCCUGCAUCAUCCUCUACUGGCAUUAUUCAAAAUGCAGCUUCCUCUGUUGGAGUCGCAGCUACCUUAACGGCGGCCACUGCUGUCUCUGCGACAGUUGCUGUUUCGGCUAACUCAGUCUCCACUGUCGACAUGGCCUCUCCUGUUUAUGCAUACGCUUCAAUUGGAUCGGCGCCGCCCUCGUCCUCCUCAUCGUCACCUUCUUCUGGCAAUUCAUCUCCAUCAGCAUCCCCCCAGAUUCCUGGGCAACUUACUGGAAGGCCAGUUGAAACUGGCCUCGGAGUUGGUUCUCUUAAACUAGAGGCCAUGGAGGCGCCUACUCAAUCGGCACUUGAUAGUAAACGAUUGGGGCCUCGUUGUCCUAAUGGCACCUUGGGUAUGCACAAACCCAGGCAGAUGGAGCUCGAGCUGUCAUCUGGUAAGAAGACUGAUAAAUUAAUAUAUUUUUAA